AUGAAUCCAUUGAAUCAGCAUAGUCAGUCCUAUGGCUAUAUGGGUCUUCUUCAACGUCAACAGAGCGGUGCUCUGCAUGAAAACUCUCCUUAUGAGAGUUUUCAUUCCGAAGCUUCUGACUUCCCUCAAUUCAGUUCUCAACAAGGCGAGGCUCCAACUCCACCUUCUGAUACACCCAUUGGGACGUUCUGGGAGCGAGUAGGAGAUUAUUUCUUAGCAGCACUACUUAGUGGAGAUGGUCGUCAGAGUAGUGAACAUCUCCACUAUAAACAGAGGUGGCACAAGAUCAAUGAGCAAACUAACAAGUUCUGUGGUGCAUAUGCGGCUGCGGAGAGGCAACUAAGGAGUGGUAUGAAUGAUAACGAUGUUCUUAAGGUGGCGCAUGACAUCUUCUAUUCUGAUCACCAAACGAAAUUUACACUUGAGCAUGCUUGGUGUGUGUUGAGGCAUGAACAGAAAUGGCUUAGCCUCAACACCACUAAAGCUUCUGCAAGUUCAAAGAGGAAACCCGUUGAAACAGACUCCCAAACUUCCCCAAUCAAUGUUGGUGAUGAAGAGGUACGACCGGAAGUGGUAAAGGCAGCAAAAGCGAAGAGGAGUAAUGCAAAGGGGAAGUCUGUUGCUGAUAUAACCACGGUCUGGGAGAUGAGAAAGGACGAUUUGGACAGGAAAGAGAAACUGUCAAAGCUUGCAAUCUUAGACACUCUCCUUGCGAAAACCCAACCACUAACUGCGGCUGAAGAAGAAGCCAAGAACAAGCUGCUCGCGCAAUAUAUCUAG